AUUUGCUUCAUUCACGAUUCCAGUUUUAAGCUCUAUGUUUUAACGGUCGUUUCGGGGUGAUGGUGAAGUCCAUUUUGUAGCGGUAUGUGUUAGUGCGGAUUUGAAUGUAAAUUUAAAUUUUAGUUGUUUAGUAAGAGUAGUUAGCAUCAUCUGAAGUGAGGAAAUCAUCUGCCGCUAUGAAUAACUUCAAGAUAUACAUCGAUGACGAGAAUGCUCAUAUUAGAACAGCUAAAGACAAAGAUUUUCUACAGGCAGGAAAGAGACCAGUACUCGGGCAACUUCAGAAUACUAUACCCUGUGAUGGAAUCAGUAAUCUGCUCAAAAAUAAAGAGGUACAUACAGGUUUUACUGAAACAAUUAAAGCCUUGGAUAUUAAGGAGAAGGAGAGUAGGAAAUUCAAUAAUAUAAAAUGUGGCUAUCUUUCACCAUUAAAAGACGUUCAGAAACCUACUACCCACAAGAAUAUCGAACCUUUAAAAGUUUAUUCUCCUAUAGCAAUUGAUGUUGACCCCAGUAGUUCAGAUAAGGAAAAUCUUUCUCUCAAAGAAGAAUCACAAACAUCUGAAAGUAGUACUCCUACUAAAGCAUCUGAAAGUAUACCACAAAAUUUUACCAGACUUGAUAUCUAUGGUUGUUAUUCUUAUUAUGAUGCAAUUUAUAAAUACAUGAGGAAGCAAGAGGAACAAUUUAAACCAAAAUCAUAUUAUAUGAGAAGGCAGCCUGAUAUUAGCUAUUCGAUGAGAACAAUUUUGGUUGAUUGGCUUGUCGAAGUUGGAGAAGAAUAUAAACUACAUAAUGAAACUUUGUUCAAAUCUGUUGCUUAUAUUGACAGAUUUUUAAGUAGUAUGGCUGUUGCGAGGCCUAAACUUCAACUUCUGGGAACCUGUGCUAUGUUUAUUGCGUCUAAAUUUGAAGAAAUUUUUCCUCCUGGAAUUGAAGAAUUCAUCUACAUUACUGAUGAUUCCUACACAACAAAGCAAGUGUUACGGAUGGAACGGUUGAUUUUGAAAGUACUUUGUUUUGAUUUAUCUUCACCUACAUCUUAUACAUUCCUGCUGCAUAUAGCUGCGAAAGCUGACCUAGCUUCAAAGGUUUGUUUCUUAGCUAUGUAUAUUUGUGAACUUACACUCUUGGAAGCUGAUCCAUACCUUGAGUUUUGCCCAUCCUUGAUUUCUUGUGGUGCUAUAGCAUUAGCUAAGCGAUCCUUAGGUUCUGGAGAAGUUUGGCCAAACAAAUUAGUUGAUAUAACAGGUUAUACGUUAAGUCAGUUGGCACCAGUUAUCAAUCAUCUCAAUGAAACGCAUCGUAAGUCUUUUACUCUUGCUCAAACAGCUAUUAGACAGAAAUACAAAACAGCUAAAUACCAACAUGUUUCUGAUGUACCUUUCAAGCCACUGACAGUCCGUGAUUCUUAUGCUCUACCAUAAAGUGAUUAUUUAUCUCUAUGUAAACUAAUGACACCAGGACUCGCCUCUCGCCUUCUAAUACUGUUAAUUGUUUUAUUUAAUAUUGAACAUUGUUAAGUGUAUUAGCCAUACUAUUUUAUUACUAAAAUGUAUGAACUUUUCCCAUUUGGGGGAAAAUAAUUGAUUAUUAUGUAUUAUUGGUCAUCAAUACAGCAUGAAAUCAAGAGCCAUCAUCAAUCUAAAUUUAGAUCGGGAUAAUCUAUAGAUGAAAACAGAUUUUCAUUUUGUGUUUGCUCUGCUAAUUGUCUAUAGCAGUUAUGUCAAAAUAAAUUAGUUUUGUUAAUAUGAUCAGAAGGGAAAAGAGGCAGUCAGGAAUAAUUCUGAACGAUUUACUCAAGAUAUAUUGGCCCAAUGGGCGUACAAGAAUUGAGAAAGAAGAAGUUCAACCUUCCUCAGAACAAUCGAUCUUGGCUGUUUCCUUAAAUGGAUUUCUUGAUGUAUUUAUGUUAAUAUAACAAGAGACCUGUUAAAUUUUUAUAUAUAAAUCAUUAACUGGACACUCAAGACCGAGUAAGUUGAUAAUGGCAAGUUACAUUGCUUCAUUAAGUUGCCUGCUGUAUUUGUUUUAUUGUAAUUAAAUAUAUUUUUGGUAUUUUAA